AUGGGCUGUGGCAGAAACUGUGGGCUACUCACGGGGGCUAUCAUUGGUGGAAUACUGGCUGUAUUUGGAGGUGCCCUCAUACCACUUGGAGAUUACCUUGUUAACAGGACAAUAAGAAAGGAAGAUGUCAUCGAAAAUGGUACAAUAGCUUAUGAAAACUGGGUUGUGCCAGGGAGUCCUGUUUACAGGCAGUUUUGGUUCUAUGAUGUGCAAAAUCCACAGGAAGUGAUGAAUGGAUCACGGCCAAUACUCAAACAAAUUGGACCUUACACAUACAGGAUGCGAUAUUUACCCAAAGAAAAUAUCACUCAACAUCCUGACUACACCGUGUCCUAUAUGCUGCCAAAUGUUGCUCGCUUCGAGCCUGAUAUGUCAGUUGGGUCCGAAAAUGACACCUUUACAUGCAUCAAUCUCGCUGUUGUUGCCGCACCUGCCAUGUAUCAAAACUCUUUUGUACAGAUAUUGCUAAAUACAUGGAUCAAGUCAUCUAAAUCGCUCAUGCUACAAACCAGAAGUGUGAAAGAAAUUCUUUGGGGCUACGAAGACCCAUUCUUAAAGAAAGUACUAUUUCCUGUGGAUCGAACAAUUGGUGUCUUCUACCCUUAUAAUGGCACAUCUGACGGACUGUACAGAGUCUUUAAUGGGAAAGAUGACAUAAGCAAAACUGCAAUAAUUCAAUCCUAUAAAAACAAAAGCACUCUUUCCAUCUGGGAUGGCCAGUGUGACAUGGUCAAUGGAACAGAUGGUGCAUCAUUUCCUCCUUUUGUAAAGAAGGACCGGAUUCUGCGCUUCUUUUCCUCCGAUAUUUGCAGAUCUAUCUAUGGCAUAUUUGACAGUGAGCAGAUUGUGAAGGAAAUCCCCCUGUAUCGUUUUUCAGUUCCUCGUGCAGCAUUUGCAUCUCCUCUUGAAACUCCAGAAAAUAAAUGCUUCUGCACAGAAACUGUUCUGUCAAAGAAUUGCACAGCAUCUGGAGCCCUGGACAUUAGCGCCUGCAAAGAAGGAAAACCAGUGUAUAUUACACUUCCCCAUUUUCUAUAUGCAAGUGAAGAUGUGUCCGAGAAUAUUGAAGGAUUGAGUGCAAAUAAGGAUGAACACGAGACCUUUUUAGAUGUAGAGCCUACCACUGGGUUUACAUUACGAUUUGCAAAAAAGCUGCAAAUAAACUUACUGGUGAAGCCUGCACCAAAGAUCGAUACUUUAUCAAAACUUACAAAAUCCUAUAUCUUUCCUGUUCUUUGGCUGAACGAGACGGCGAUUAUUGAUGAUGAGAAAGCAGCAAUGUUCAGAUCAAAAGUGAUCUCUCCAAUCAAGCUGCUGCACUUGCUGCAGGUGGUGCUGAUCAUAGUCGGCAGCAUGAUGUUCCUUGUGUUCAUAGUCUCAUAUUUCAUAUGCAGAUCGAAUAAAUUAAGUAACAAAAGAGAUUACAUGUAG